AUGCCCUUGCUUCCUCGCAUGGUCAUAGCCACCAGGCAAGUGUUCGAGGACGAAACGCCACACGAAGUCAGUGCCUUCAAAUACUACUUCCUCCUCAUCGGCGUGCUUGUUGUGAUGGUCGCUUUCUUGCUAUGGUACUUGCAUCGACGUACAAAUUAUAGAAGAGAGUUUUGUGGGCAAGACAGCGAGCAGCCACCAGCAAGGGAUAUCCAAACGUGGUCUCAACCUCGGAGAUUCAUGUACGGUAUUUACGAAGCCAGCAGCUCAUUUCUUAGCCGCCAGAAUGAGGGCCUAGAUCAAAAUGGCGAUGCACCACCACCAUAUCAGCCCAAGUCAAGAGCCCCAACUAUCGAUGUGGAGAUUCCACUUCCAACCUUAUCAAGGAGUCUGAGUCAACGCUCCCAACGCUCCCAACACACCCAACCACCGCAUUAUCCUAGCAGUACUGGAGGAGCCACAAGUACGACCGAAUGA